CGUCACUCGCAUGCGACAGUUUUCACGUGUGAAGCUCAGCACUGCCUGCGGAGAGUUUUUGUCCGUAAAAGGGCGCGCGCACUGAGCGAUGGAGAGAGGAGAGGAAGAGAAGGAGAGCAACGUUACUGCCGCAGAGGAGGAAGAAGAAGCAGCUGAUGUAGAGGAGGAAGAGGAGGAGGAUGAUGCAGAGGAGGAAGAAAAGGCAUCUGAUGUAGAGGAGGAGGAGGAAGAGGAGGAAGAUGAUGAUGCAGAGGAAGAAGAAAACACAGCUGAUGCAGAGGAGGAGAAGGAUGAUGAUGAUGUUUUAGAACAGAGUAACAAAGAAGGAGGUGAUGAACCUGCUGCUGGAAUGAUUAAAAAGAAGACAAAGCAGCCUCCCGGUGGGGACAGAAAGUGUGUUCCAGGUAUCCUCUACCUGGGUCACAUCCCACCGAGGCUCCGCCCCAAACACUUGAGGAACAUGCUGUCCGUGUAUGGAGAGAUUGGACGCGUAUUCCUACAGCCUGAAGACCAACAGGUGAGGAACAGGAAGAAAAAGGCCGGAUUGCGCAGAUGUGACUUCACUGAAGGAUGGGUAGAGUUUAGAGACAAGCGAGUGGCCAAGAGAGUGGCGGCGUCUCUGCACAACACGCCCAUGGGAACCCGGAAGCGCCAGCGCUUCACCUCCGACCUCUGGAACCUCAAGUACCUGCACAGGUUUCAGUGGACUCACCUGAGCGAGCGGCUGGCCUACGAGCAGACGGUGCUGCAGCAGCGGCUCCGCACCGAGGUCUCCCAGGCCAAGAAGGAGACCAACUUCUACCUGAACAACGUGGAGAAGAGCGCUCGCCUGGACAAGACGAGGAAGAAGAGGUGCAGGGAUGGAGAUCAGGUGGAUGACAGGACGUGGGGCUUCACCCAGCGUCAGACGGAGGAGGAGAUCCAGACGAGGAAGAACAGGAAGAAGGACUCAGACUCCCAGAAGCACCUGGACAAGGCCCGCCUCAUUCAGGAGAAGAGCCAAUCCAACGUCUCGCUUCUCGCCAAAAUCUUCAACUCCAGCCAGUCGACAUGACCGAGAGACACACGCCGAGCCCGUUUCCAUGGAAACCUGAUGGUCGCGACGAACUCUUUCAAAGAUCCAAUCACAGGCCAGUCUGAGCAGGAGUGGGCGGGGCUAACAGCCAGGAACAGUGUGAAGAACUUGUGGCUGUUUUUGUGAAUCAGGGUUUUUCAGCCUGCGGCUCUUCAGCUCCUCUGUAGCUCCAUGAAGCUCUAACAGUACAGAAUGUAAAUAAACAUUUUUCAUUUUUUAAUUUAUUCGCUUUUCGCGUUGAUUUUCAGAAGUGGUUCAAUCUGCAGGAUGAAAAUGGAUAAAGUAAAACAGCUCAGUCAGAAAUAACUUUCAAGAUAUGAAAAGAAAGGGUCGAAAAAAGAUUUGAAAAUGGGGGAAAGGAAACUCAGAACAAAAGGAGCAUAUUUAAUAGCAACAUGUUUUGGAUGAAUAGAUUUUGCUUUUAAUGGUUUGGGUCUAUUUCAGAUGAUCGGUGUGUUCUGUGGCUCCAGAUGAGUUUUAUUUGGUGUGAAAUAUUGAAAACGGCUCUUUUCAUCUUCAGGGUUUGCUCUGAAAUCCUGCUGUAAAUAAACCUGUCAUCACAGGCAGCCGUCACCUUCAGCAGUGUUCCUAAACAUGAGGUUCAGGACCAGAGAUGAGACGGUCGCAGGCUCUGACUGCUCUAGAGUAGUUCACGUUACAUUCACACACGCUCAUCCCUCCCAAAGCCCGUUAUCAAAAAUACAUGAUACUGGGGGUUCGUUUCCACGACAAGUGUCUGGAAACGCUCAGGCUCCAGCUCCAUCUGGAUGGCAGAUAGUCCACAACUGUACAUGUGCACCAAGGCGGGGUAACACGCUGAUUUCAGAAUCAAAUAACUGCACAAAUUAGUGGCCAAACACCAAAACUACAUUGUUACCUCCACCAGGAGGUUAUGUAAUCAUGUCCGUCUGUUGGUUUGUUGGUU